UGUGUUCGGCGGUGGCAGCUUCGAGCUUCCUGUCGAGGUGGGCGUUCCAAAAAGCAAGACUGAGGUGAAAAGCAAGGCUGCAUCGGCAACGACGAAGAAAGGGCAAAAGGCAGCAGCUAAACCCGUCCAAAAGGCAGCUAAACCCAAGACAAAGACAACGGGAAGUGUUCCUGAUUUCACGAACUAUCGAGAACCCAAGCACGAUUUUCCAAGCGAAAGCGAAGAAGAGAAGGAAAUGUCAGCCACCAAGAACAGUACCGCUGAUCCUCCUGCAAAGAUUGGAUCUAUGAUCCAAAUUGUGGAUGGCGUUCCGACCGAAUUCAUUUUUGUAGAUAUUUCCGGUCUGGAGUUUACGCCUGGGCCUUUCAAGAUUUAUCCUAGCAAUGAGCUGCCUGGGGUGGACGACAACAUGGAACACUCCGGCUUCUUUGUCACCAUGAGAGCUGAUGUCCGCGAUAUCAUGGGGGCACCAAAGCAAGUAAAGGAUGGUGUAGUCAUCCACAAGGCUUAA